AUGGCGCCCAGCUUCUUGUUUCCCCCGGACGAGAAAGCCGGCCAGUUCACUACCAAAGGGCGUCAGUAUUACGCCCAAUGGCGUCUCCGGCUCCCUUACGAGAAUUACGCCCACGCUCACGGGGAGGUAGUCGUCUGUGCCAGGAUCCUGCAGCAGUUCGACGUUGUGAUGUUCGUUGGUCGGAUAUCUCCAAGCCGGAAUGACGCACAUUCAGAUCCAGCAGGCUGGCGCCUGUGCGAGGAACAGCUGGCAUUCAUGAAGCGGUUUCUUCCAGCAACGCUCGAGACCAGGACGCUCUCGUUCCAGGGUAUUUCGGCUGUGAAUUUCAACAAAUACUACCAAAUACUCUCGGGUUCGUCGACCACAUCGCCCCUAGACCUGCUAGGAACUUGGGCGCAAGCCCUGUUGCAAGCAGAUAUCCCGGGUUGGACGACCAGCCUUCUCAAUCUCGUCUGGCGGCACCGCGGGGUCCAGCAACAGCAGAGACAGCAGCAACGGAGAGACCCGGGGAUCGUCGUGGCAGAAGCCGUAAACCGGGGAAACAUCGCCGUUGCCGCCAUUAGGGAGAUGCGGGAUCUCCCAGCAGAGACGCCGACGGAGUCCGGGAGAUCCCCGUUAUUAUGGAAAAGGGCAAUGCGGAAGCUCCAACGGAUGUACCGCACCAGCGAUGUCAAGCUGCGGCAGUGCCAGAAGAUGGUCUUCGAGACGAUGACAUCGGGGACCCCCAGGGUUCAACGGGCCAAGGCGAGCCAGUGUAUGCGGGCGAAGGUCGUCCCGAAGUACAUGAAGGAGAUGGUAGAGAAUCUCAACAACGACAUGCAAGAGGCAGGGAAGAGCGGCAGUGUCGACCCCUACACGCGCCGGGAAGUCGAUUACCUUCGCCUUUAUAGCAUACGCUAA